AUGAGUGACACCGGUAGUGAUAUAGAAGCGACAGAGCAUACUGCACUCAUGGACGGACAUAUAGCAGAGGCCCGCCCGGACAGGGAAGUUGCUGAACGCAUCGCGAGAAAACGUAAAACAAAGUCGGACACAACCCGGAACUAUGGAACAGUGGAAGCGUCAGAAAGUAGGCAGGCAGGCGCAGGAGGCUCCCGUCGGAAUCCCUCAGAGGAGACUGCAGACCAGAGUGAAGAAAUGGAAUUGAAAUAUGGUGCUCGGCAUGUCAUUAAACUGUUUGUGCCGGUCACUUUGUGUAUGAUGGUAGUGGUCGCCACUAUAUCAUCUAUUACUUUCUACUCUGUCAAAGAUGUGUACUUGGCCUAUACUCCGUUCCAUGAAGAAAGUCCUCAUGCUGCGACCAAAGUGUGGAACGCUCUCGCCAAUUCAAUGAUCCUGCUGUGUGUGAUAGCGUUUAUGACGGUGUUGCUUAUAGUAUUGUACAAGAAACGCUGCUAUAAGGUCAUCCAUGGCUGGUUGAUACUGUCUUCGCUGAUGCUACUAUUCUUGUUCUCAUAUCUAUAUAUAGAGGAAGCAUUACGAGCAUAUAACAUACCAUUGGAUUAUAUAACAAUAUUUUUCGUGAUGUGGAAUUUUGGUGUGAUGGGAAUGAUUACCAUUCACUGGAAGGGUCCGUUGCGAAUGCAGCAGGCAUACCUUAUAUUUAUAGCGGCAUUGAUGGCACUAGUAUUUAUAAAAUAUCUGCCGGAGUGGACAACAUGGGCUGUUCUAGCUGUUAUAUCAAUUUGGGAUUUGAUAGCCGUCCUGACACCAAAAGGACCUCUUAGGAUACUCGUUGAGACCGCUCAGGAGAGAAAUGAACCAAUAUUCCCAGCACUUAUUUAUUCAUCGACGGUGAUGUACAUGCUGGCAGCGGUCGAAGGUGAGCGCGAGCUGCGCCCCCUACAGCCGCACGGAUCUUCGAACUCCGAGGGUAACGUUAAUUCCGGGGGCGAUGGUGAUGGUGAGGGAGGUUUUGAUAACGCUUGGAGGGAGCGCGCCGCGGCCGGAGCCCCGAGACACUUACGAGUAGAGGGAACAGCGUCAGCGAGAUACGUCACCAGGGUUGAGGAGACAUCGCAGGAUGCUGAUGAUGAGAAGGGCGUUAAAUUGGGUUUGGGUGAUUUCAUCUUCUACAGCGUUCUGGUCGGUAAGGCUAGUUCAUACGGCGACUGGAACACAACACUCGCAUGUUUCAUGGCCAUACUUAUUGGAUUAUGUCUCACAUUAUUGUUGCUGGCUAUAUUCAAGAAGGCGUUGCCAGCUCUGCCGAUAUCAAUAACUUUCGGGCUUAUAUUUUAUUUCGCGACCCGAUCCAUAGCAAAACCUUUCGCGGACGCGCUCGCCGCGGAUCAAGUUUUCAUUUAG